GCUGCUCUCUAACUUCAGAAGAGAUGGAAUAGGAAGAAAUUUGACAUGGUUUCAGCCGAACUCCAAGGCCAAGUUGCCACCAAGCAGGUCUUUAUGUACCAGGCCCUAGCACCCCAACUUCACAUCAAUCUCUUCUCAAUAUGAUAUCAUUUGAAGAACAGAAGAAGAGACAUUAACAAACACAUCUACAAACACUUGAAUGUUAAGGACAGAAAUGGAUAAAAAACAGUUCUCAUGCAUUUUGGCUUAUGUUCUUCUUUUGCUCAUUUCCAUGGAAGCCACCCACGUUCAAGCAGCCCAAGGGAAUGGCAGCAGCAAGAGAAACCUUGACGCUGCUUCAACCCAUUACCAACUUUUGUCACCUACAAAAACAGGGCACGAACAGGUUCUGUGCUUGGCAAGAGGGGCCUGCCACAACAAAAUUCUCACCUGUCCUUCGCAGUGCUCGGAGAGGAAGCCGAAGCAUAACAAGAAGCAUAAAGGAUGCUUCAUCGACUGCAGCAGCAAGUGUGAAGUCACCUGCAAGUGGAGAAAGGCGAAUUGCGAUGGGUAUGGGUCUCUGUGUUACGACCCACGCUUCGUCGGCGGUGACGGUGUGAUGUUCUACUUCCACGGCGCAAAAGGAGGAAACUUCGCAAUCGUAUCGGAUGAUGACCUCCAAAUCAACGCCCACCUAAUCGGAACUCGGCCCGAAGGACGGACUCGCGAUUUCACUUGGGUACAAACCCUAGCCAUUAUGUUCGAUUCUCACACACUCGUUAUCGCCGCAAACAGAGUCGCCCAAUGGGACGACAACGUCGACGCUCUCUCCAUCAAAUGGGACGGCCAAGCAAUCGAAAUACCCACCGAGGGAAACGCCGAGUGGAAGGCCGAGAGCGGGGAAAGGGAAGUAGCAGUGGAAAGAACAGACAAUACCAACAGCGUGAAAGUGACGGUGACGGGGUUGCUGGAAAUGGAUGUGAGAGUGAGGCCCAUCGGGGAGAAAGAGAACAAGGUUCACAACUACCAGUUACCGGCCGGUGAUGCCUUCGCCCAUUUAGAGACGCAGUUCAAAUUUACAGGGUUAACGGAUCAGGUGGAAGGAAUCUUGGGCAAGACCUACAGGCCGGACUACGUCAGCCCUGUGAAGAGGGGAGUUCCUAUGCCGAUGAUGGGAGGGGAAGAUAAAUACAAGACACCGUCGUUGUUCACGGCUGCAUGCAAAGUUUGCAGGUUCCAAAGGAAAGCUGCUGCUCUCGCUACCAUAUAAUGGAAACUUCCUUUUUCUCCUUCUGUACCGUGGGAUAAUUGUAAAGUUCAUUCUUUGUUGUAAAAUGUUUGAAUUUGUCUAAAAUAAAGGUCUAAAUUUAUG